ACAGGAGCUUAUCUGAGGGGUGGGUUUUGCCCACGGACGCGCAUGGUACUGUGUAUUUUUGUGAGUCCCUCAAGUGCCACAGGGCUACUCGUGGUGAACUAGUGACAUCCCUUCUUCACACAGCCCCUGCGGAUCCAGCUGAUAAACAUGAAAUGCAGGCAAAUAAAGUUGGCAGUCCAUGGAAUUCGUGCUUCUUCCUUUAUUUAAAAUACUGUACCUAAACAUGCACGCUUCAAUGGCUUUGCAGUAAGAGCACAAAACAUUGGUGUCAACAUUGGCAGAAUGACUGCAGCACCUGUAAAAAAUACACAUAUUUUAAAGUCUCCUAUUUCUUCUGGUAGAAAAGGAGCUAUGCCUUUGCAGGCAGUCUUUAUGAGCAACAUACCUUCAGGUACUAUUACUCCUUUGAAAGAGUUGGUGAAAUUUCAACAUGCUGGUAUUACUACCUCUGCAACAAAAGAAACUAUGCUCCCUUCAGGUUUGUGUGACUUCAAGGAAAACUCUGCAAGAGGAACAGGAACUUUCAAGAAAAGGGAAGGUAUUUUUCAGUCCACAUUAAUAACAGAGGACACUUAUGCUAAAGAAUUUCUUGACCUCAGUGAAAUAAGGCCAGUGUCUGACACUGUAGCAAUGCAAGUUGCGUCUUGCCCUCAGCAACAGAUCUUGCCACUAAAAGACAAAAAUGUACUGAAACGCAAAGCUUGUGAUCCUUUAACUCGUGAAUCUCCAGCAAAAAUCUUCCAAAGAAUGAAAGCUAAGGUAUCUCAUGAAAAGCAGCAUCCAGUGCCCUAUAAGGGAAAACUGUUAGAGACAAAUGUCAACAGUGAUUUGAUCCUGACUCCUGCUACAAAUCCUGCCCAUCAGGGAAGAUGGGAUAAAAAAGUCAGUGAUGAAGACAACCACCAAAGAGAUGUCAAGCUACCUGAUAAACAGAUCCAGCUAAGAAAAGCACUACAUUGGACCACGGUACUGCAAAACAAAAAUGUGGAUUCCCUCAGUGUGGUUUCAGAAUCUCCUCAAAAGUUCAUUUUACGCAUGAAACAGAAAGUGCAGACGCAGCUACAAGGUCCUGCAAUGUCAAACCAAAUCGAGCAAAGUAUUUCUUCAAGAAUCGCAAACAGUCCAUUAAUCAAAUCUGAUUUUGCCAAACAAGUCAAUAAUUUUAAUGGAGAGUCUACAGUAAACAAUAUCAGCAGAAGUCAGGAUGACAUUUUUCUUGUUGAACCGAUUGACGCUGAUGAUGAAAUGUCUCAAAAUACCGUGGUCGAUACUGUAAACAGAAACCCUAACCCUUCUAAAACUAGGGUUCAGUUAUCAGAAAGGCAUGGAAGUGGAGAAACAAUAUAUGCUAGUCCUCAUCGAGAAGGAGGACCCUUACAAAAGAGUGACUGGAAAACAGCCCAAGCCAUAGAGAAGAUAUCGGACACUGACCCUCAGAGGCCCACACAGUGCCUGUGUAAUAUUAUGUUUUCUUCUCCAAAAGUCCACAUACCACGAAAGCAAAAACCAAAAGAAGGCGAUUGUAAGGUCCUGUCAAGUACAUCAGCAGAUAAAAAUGAUGGCAAUACACAUAAACAGCAAAAAAUCUGCCUAAGUGAUUGGAGGAUUAAGGUCAUCAACAACAAUACUGCGGUGUGUGUGGAAGGAAAACGAAUAGAUAUGAAAGAACUGUGCUGGCAUAGCAAUGCAAUUGUGGAACGUGUGGCGUACAACCAAGUUAAAACAAUAUCUGGCAGCAUCUACUUAUUACAAGGCAAUAUAGAGCCUGUUUCCAUGAGAAAAGAUGGAUUUCCAUGCAAAUUCAUCAAUAGGUUUAAAUGUGGAUUUCCAAAACUAUGGAAACAAUAUAUUGAGAAUUUUCUUGAGGAACUAAAGAGCAAAGAACAAGAUACUGAUGAGGCUGGCAAUGAAAAAAUCAGUUCUAUGGAUGCGGUGGAAGUAGAAGAAGAGUUAAUGGGAGACUUAAAAAAACAACCCAUAACACAAAACACCACUUAUGAAGUCGCACUAAAUAAUGAGAACAGAUAUCUAACACCCAAAUGCCAUCCUGUGCAAAAUGAUCCAGAUGCAAGUUAUAGCCGUAGCGGUCGGCGCAUUAAACCACCACUGAAUUACUGGUGUGGAGAACGAGAAUUUGUUGAUAAUAAACUAAAUGUUACUAUGGAAGAGGGUGGAAAAAACUACUUGAGUUUGGUAUGUAGUAAUGAACGAUCCAAAAAGAAAACCAUUUCCAGCUUUCCAAAUAGCAGAGAGCAUACAGCAGAGAAAAGUGAAGGAAAAACUAAAAGCCAAUGCAAAGGAAAAAUCUAUGUGAAGAGAGCAAAUUCCAAAAGAGAAAUUGGGCCCAGUGACAAAAGAGACUCUAGGCGUUUUGUUUCAGAUCCUGAUGAAAGUGACUAUGAAGCUGAACUUAAUAAUGAUAAAAGGGCUGUUGUUACAUUGACACCCUUGAAGCAUAAAAAGGUGUGUGAGAAUAAGCUAAAAUAUAAUAGCUGGACUACAGAAAAAAGUGCAGCACAAAGUAUUUCAAAAUAUGGAAAUGAGACCAGAAAUUACAAAACAAACUCUGGCAGAGAACUAAAGACUUGCCAGUAUUCUCUACGGUCACAGAAACAUUUUUGUCAAGACACACUGUCUACGGAAGACUCCUCAAGCAAGGACGAGGAAGAUUCCAAUGAAGAUAUCCCUCUGUCAGUCAAAAGGAAAACAAAACCCUCUUUGGAAAGAGAGAUUUAUAAAUCUUCCUCUGAUGCUAGGAGUUCACAGAAUGAGACAAAGAAGAAAUCCUUUGAGCAAAGGAAAACAGAAGAUUCUGCAGCCACGUUCUCUCACGAUAGACAAUUGAAAAUAGAUUUGUCUGGCCAGAAGAACCAAUCGGAAAAGGAACCUCAAGGAAAGGCACCUGCUGGUGGGCCCAGCAGUGCCCCUUUGACUGACCGGAGAGUAAGCACAAGGAAAGCGAAUAUCAACCCUCCGAAGUAUGUGUUUGAGUCAGACAGCGAGGAAGAGCAGGCUGAUAGAGAAUUUCAAAGAAAAGAAAAGAAAUCAAAAGUAUCUGUCAAAAUACAUGAUCACAAGAUUAUCAACAGUGCAAAGUCUUCAGCAGUGAAGUCAAAGGAAUCUGACAGGAGAGAGAUGAAGAAUUUCUUUGAGCCUUUCCCAGGUGCAACUGAAGACUGGACUGAAAAGGAGCUACAGAAACUACAGAGGGCUGUUGCAUCUUUUCCAAAACACAAGAAUGGCUUUUGGGUAGAUGUAGCAAUGGCUUUGGGUACUCGAUCUGCAGAAGAAUGCCAGCAGAAAUAUAUGGAAGACCAUCAGACAAAAGGUUCCAAGAAGGCUGCCACAAAGACUGCGCUGGAUAAAAAAGCACCAAAAGAUGCAGAUAAGAAACAGCCGGUAAUAACUGCUAGAGUGGGUACCUUGAAAAGGAAACAGCAGAUGAGGGACUUUCUGGAGCAUUUGCCAAAGGAUGACCAUGAUGAUAUAUUCACUGCAACACCCCUACAGAAUUGCCGAGUAAAGCUCCCAACAUUCUGGGAAAGCCAAGAUGAUGAUGUCUUCCAGCUUAUGGAUAACAAUCCAAUCACACCUUCAUCAGCUGUCUUCCCUUUGGUAAAAACUCCUCAGUGUGAUCACAUUAGCCCUGGCAUGCUGGGCUCUAUCAACAGGCGGGAUUAUGAUAAGUAUGUGUUUAGAAUGCAAAAGAACUCGAAAGACAAGAAGGGAGUCUGGAGCAACAUCAAGAAAAAAUCGGCUGGAACCGUGUUUACCACUCCAACCUGCAGACGAACUGCAUUUGCCUUUGACCAAGGUGCAGCAAACAACCCUGUCAUAGGGAAGCUGUUCGCAGGUGAUGCAGCAGCGCCGUCUGAUGAAGAGGAGCAAGAAGAUUCCUAUUUCUCUACUUAACCUAGGCCCUGGUUGUAAAUAGUUUAACACUUUCAUAGAAUUAAAAGGCAAAAUAUUCUAAGGGGCUUCAGUCCCCCUUUCAACAUGGGCGCCCAUCGUCACACACUCAGAACGGGCCUGUAGUGUGGGACGGUGUCCAAUUAUGUCCGAGUUGUUUCAUUCAUACCAGUUUGUGAGGUUUGUAAUGCUUGAUCUUCUGUGUCAAUUGAAACAAACCCACUCCCAGUUCAGAGUGCACCUUCACUCCCUCUUGUGGGGAACGUUAUAUAAAAUACCAAUUAGUGUCACAAGAUUUUUUUUGUUCCUUUUUAAGGUAAAAAUAAUGUUUUAAAAAUGGUAGUGUAAUAAAUCCACAGUAGGCUUUGUAAUGAAAUGGCCUUUUAAUUUUCUACACUGAAAGCAGUUGUAUUUUUAUUAAAUAACUUUCCAGUGA